UGGCCGGCAGAGCAUUGGCCGGAUCCCCGCGGCGACACCCAAGCUCAACUGCCUCGACCCGGCUGUAAAUAGCCACUCCCCUCGCCUCCCGAGCACUCCAAGCUCCUCCUCAUCCUCCCAGAAGCCUCCCCGAGCCCUUCAUUCGCCUCCAGAGCCUCUCUUCGCUCGCCAUUGCGGCCAUGGCCGCCGUGAAGCUCGGCUUCAAUACGAGCUAGCCGGUCAACCCCUCCACCUUCUGACCGCACCCGGAGCUCAUCCAAAGCCCAACGCACCUCCCCCUGCCGUCAACUCGUCGCCGGAGGCGCCCGUGCCCUCGCCCCCAAGAUCAACCGCCGCUGCUGAGCUCUCUAACUCCAUAGCCACCGCGGUCGGAGGCCUCCCGUGCACCUUCUCUCCCUCUGAAUGGAGUCAGCACUCCACCCUGACCCCACCGGUGCCAGUCCCUCCUCCGGAGACGACCUGACCCGUGAGCCCCAACGUCGGUUCCCCUUCCCUGUUCGCCGACGCUGCCAUCGCCUCGUCCUCUCCCCGGCACGCGUGAACCCCCUGGUCGGGUGCGUCGCCGUCUUCAGCACCCUCCGGUGGACGGAGCUCGGCCGGAGCCCACCAGAGCCGGCCGGGACUUCGCCGGCCAAGCCCAGCCGCGCCUCUGCCACGCCCCGCUCUCUGUUUCUGUCGGGCGCGAGCGAGAAGAAGGAGCGGGAGGAGAGAGAAAGGAGUCAGACCCUCCCAUCAGCCACACGCGCCACCAUCCCCACCACUGUCCACGUGGAUAAGUGGAAGCAUACUUAUGGAACAAAAAGUGCGUUUCCCCGAAGCGAAGGCGUGUUUCUUCUUAAUGCGCUUUCUGUUUAGUCACCAGGGGCCUGUUUGUAGAGAUUAUUUUUACAGAUUGGUCCCUGAACUUCG